AUGAUUAGCACUAUCAGCGGAGGACCUACCGUCUCGGGGAUGAGCCACCGUUCGAUGAAACAGUAUGUGCGUGCCGCGCAGUUCCCUCAGGUGCUCGGAAUAGAGAUGAAUCGGUUCCAGGAAACACCAAAAGUUCGUUGGGAGCCGAUCACAUUUUGCCAAGAGGAAGAAGAGGGAAUCCUCUAUCCCCACGACGACCCAAUGAUCAUCCGAGCUGAAAUUGCCGAUUACGAUGUAGGGCGAGUCCUGAUCGAUACCGGGAGCUCCGUGAGCGUAAUCUUUGCUGAAGCUUUCAGAGAGAUGGGAAUCAAUGACAACCAAGUCGACCGGCAGUUGACACCUCUGUUAAGCUUCUCUGGAGACUUGGUCCAACCAAUCGGCAGUGUCAGACUGCCAAUUACAUUUGGCACGGCGCCGAAAAAAGCAACAACGUACGAUCUGUUCCUCAUCGUCGACUGCCCGACGGCAUACAACGUUAUCGUUGGCCGAACGGCACUGACGAGGAUCAAGGCGCAUCUUUCGCCCCACAUGCUGUUGAUGAAGUUCCCUACCCCGAACGGCACGGGGGCAAUCCGGGGAAAUCAAUUCAGCGAGCGGACUUGCUACGCUACGGCGCUCAAGGCAACCUCGUUCAUACUCCCCAACGAGACCAUGACGGUGCAAGGUUUACCGAACGGUACUGGACCGGUUGACGACCCUAGAGAUGAAUCUCCCACCCCUCACACACAACCUGCCGAAGAAUUGGAAACCAUAACCUUGAGCGAUGAACAGCCCGACCGACAGGUUAGAAUCGGCACUAGACUCACUGCGAACCUCCGAACGCAAUUCAUAGACUUCUUGCGGCAUCAUUCGGAAGUUUUCGCAUGGUCUUACGAGGACAUGCCCGGCAUCGCCCCGGACGUGAUUAGCCAUAAACUCACCAUCUCCUCCGCCUAUAAGCCCGUAAGGCAGAAGCGCCGAUCAUAUGAUGCCGAACGGUAUGAAGCGAUGCGCACGGAAGUCGAGAAACUUCAAACCAUCGGUUUCAUCCGGGAAGCAACGUAUCCGGUAUGGCUUGCCAACUCCGUCAUGGUAAGAAAGUCCACGGGCGGGUGGCGGAUGUGCCAAGACUAUACCGACCUCAACAAGGCCUGCCCGAAGGAUAGCUUUCCGCUGCCACGGAUAGACCAGCUCGUGGAUGCCACUGCCGGCCACGAACUGCUGAGCUUUAUGGAUGCCUACUCCGGCUAUAACCAGAUAUUCAUGCACCCUCCCGACAGCGAGCAUACCGCAUUCAUAACGGAUAAAAUACUUUAA